AUGGCGGAGCUUCUACACAAUAAAAUGGAUCUGGUCGGACCAUGGCACACCAUGCCUUCUAUAAGUUAUCUGCUCGGUGCUCUUAUCAUGGGACUGUGUCUCGCAGCCUGGAGAGUUCGACAAUACCGUUAUACUUGUGCGACAAUGGAAGAGCCAGCUCUAUCGGAAAAGAAGGACCCGGUCAUUACGCCUCUAGAGGGGUUUAACUGGGAGAACACAGAGCCAUUGCAAUUUCGACCAUUCAAAGGCAAGGAUAAAUUUAAUUUGACUAUGUCAAUUGAGUACCUCGACCCAUCAGAACUAAUCCCAAUGGACAAAACAUACCAAGAGCGCCUAAACCUCCGCAAAUCAAUCCUCAACGAACACCAUGACAUAGUAGUCGCAGUCAACGACAGACCAGAAACCCAAGAUCCACGCACCCGCGCCGCCGUCAGCGAGCUUUACACAUUUAUACUAGGCAAAUACCUACCAACACGCUACCCAGAUAUGUUCAAACUAAAAACCAACGACUCGCUCACCACCUUUGAAAACCUAGUGACAGGCGCAACAUACCCAACAACGCUAUCCCCAAGCACACCAACAAUCCAAGCCCUAGAAAUUCUAACACAAACCGUCGACGAGGAAUUCCUAAUCCUCCUCCCAGAACUAUCCCCAGAGAAUGGCGACCAACCAAAAUACAUACUGCAGGCCUACGCAGCCUGUUUCCCAUCUGGAUUCAAUACACGCGAGAAACUCGGUCUACGGCUAGCUGAUAUCCACAAGCCCGUGCCGGGAUAUAAAGAGAAGAUCGAGCGCAGUAUGGAUCGAUUCUUUGCCCGAAUUGAGGUUGGGAAGUUUGUUCGGAGAGUUAAUUGGAGUGUUACUAUCGCCACGGAUUUAUUCGCUGCGUUUGGGGGGACACAUGCCGCUGUGGGGAAGAAGGAGGAUGCUAUUCAGCCUGGGAUGUUGAAUGUUGAUGAGACUGUUCUUCGGUGUGAGCGGCAGACUUUGCAUCGGAUGCCUAGGUCCGAGGCGCUCGUCUUUGGUUUUCAUACGUAUACAUAUCCGAUGAGACAGAUUAAGGACGAGGGGCUUGGGGAGGAUAUGGCUGUUGCUGUUGAUGGGCUAAGGAAGGGGAAUGUGCCUGAAAUGCAUGUUUAUAAGAGGGGGGAUGUGUGGGGAGAAGCGUUGAAGGAGUUCUUGCGAUCAUAG